AUGGGGAACCCCUUGCACAACCCGUUGCCUGCCUCGCUAUCUAGCGAGUGCAAGAAAGCAGCUGCGAUUAUUGAAUCAUUCAUCAACCCAAAGCUCAAGAUCGAUGGCGAAAUCCCGCGGAAGAUAUUUCGCGGAGCGAAGGGAAUCGCCGUAUUCACAGCUCUCCGAGUUGGCUUCAUGGGCUCUAUUCGCUUCGGCUCUGGACUCAUCGUCGCCCGUCUCCCAGAUGGCAGCUGGUCAGCACCGUCAGCCAUGGUAAUGGGCGGCCUCGGUGCGGGUGGCCAAUUCGGCGCCGAGCUGACUGAUUUCGUCUUCGUGUUAACCACCGAUGCGGCAGUGAAGACAUUCAUGCAGUCGGGUAACUUGACUCUCGGCGGCAAUAUCUCUAUGGCUGUGGGGCCUAUUGGUCGGAGUGCCGAGGCUGGGGGUGUAUUGGGGACGAAGGGUGGAACUGGUGUAUUUGCCUACUCUAAGACCCGUGGCUUAUACGGUGGUCUCACGGUUGAGGGUGGUGUACUUGCUGAGCGUGCUGAUGCCAACAGGAAGCUGUAUGGGCAGAAGGUUCGAGCUAAAGAAUUAUUGGGCGGGUUGGUCCCACCUCCCCCUGAAGCGACGGUUCUCUUUGAGGUUUUGAACGGGGAGUUCUUCCGUUCCGAUUUGCCUGCGGAGGCAGCUCCAGAGGGCGUAGCGGGGGCGACUGGAGAAACUAUUGUCGCUGCUCCGCAAGCUUCAAAUGAGCAAGUGCAGGAGACUUCGACGCCUAUUGCUGAUCAGUUACCCACUGUUAAUCGGGCAGUAGCUCCUGAGAUGAGCGCAGUGCAGACUCGUGGAGCUACGCAGACCCUUGCAGCAGAGUCUCACGGUGUAGCCGAUGCGCCAAAUGCGCCAAAUGCUAUACCGGUUGCGCAAAGUGAAGCAACUGCGGAGCUUAGUACGGAAGGUGCAUCGGGGCUUGCUGAACCACCCAACAAGGAAACACAUGAUGAACAUGAGACACGCAAUGUAGCCGUCCAGGGACCUACGACUACCGUUGAACAAAUUCCAGCAACAGAAUCGACCAUGCAGCCAGCGCCUGAAGAAACAUCACUGGGGGUUGGAGAACCCCACAACACAUCUCGCGAACCGGAGAUCCAGGCUGCUGCCACCACUGAGCACCUAUCUGAGCAUCAAGGCACUGCUCCGACCUAG